AUGCAAUCACUACCACACGAUGUGAUAGAGCAUAUUCUUGAGAGACUUGAUGUGAAAACCCUCCUCAAGUUCAAUGCUGUGUCGAAGCAAUGGAAAUCUACUAUACAAUCCCCUUUUUUCAAAAAGAGACAUCUUCUCCAUCGUAAACAAUCAAGAGAUCCAGAAGUACUUUUGGUGUCCGUGUUUGAUCUUUCUGUUAAUAAUCCUCAAAUUGAAGCUUUGAGAACGUUGGUUCUAAGGUCAUCAGUAUCUGUUAAGAUCCCUACAACUUGGGAGAAAAAGUGUUACAACGUUUGUAAUAGUAGCUGUGACGGUCUGAUAUGCCUCUACGAUUCAUAUGAAUCGUGUAUCAUCAUCAAUCCCACCACUCGAUGGCAUCGAACACUGCCUCCAUGUAACUAUCAACUAGUGUAUUUCGAAAUAAGGAACCCUAGAUCUUCUCCUGGAUUUGGUAAAGACAAAAUCAGUGACACAUACAAGCCAGUUUGGUUAUACAACUCUGAUGUAUUAGGCCUUAACAACAAUGCUACUACUACUUGCGAAGUUUACGAUUUUACCACAAACUCUUGGAGAUAUGUUGUCCCUGCGUCCCCUUAUCUGAUUCUUCACUGCCAAUAUCCUGUACAUUUAGAUGGAUCACUUCACUGGUUCACUGCCCCGGACGAGGGUGAAAACAAGAUUUUAUCUUUCAUUCUUCACGCCGAAACUUUUCAAAUCAUCUCUAAAGCACCUUUUGUCCACGACUCUAUUGAAAAAAUCGUCAUGUGCAACCUGGAUGAUCAUUUAUGCGUAUCUGAGAUAAAGUGGCCCAACCAAGUGAUUUGGUCGCUCGAUUCAGAUCACAAGACAUGGACCAAAAUUUACUCCAUAGAUCUCUAUGAAACUUCUCUCUGGUUUGGGGAGGAUCCCAAAUGGGCACUCAAACCACUAGCAGUCUUGGAGAAGGACAAGUUAUUGUUGUAUGAGGGUGAAUGGUACCCGUUGGUAAUACAUGAUCCCAUAACCAAAGGCUAUGAUAUAGCUUACACUUCUAGAUUCUAUGCAUACGCUAUUUGUUAUUUCCCGAGUUUAAUCUCUAUUUUGUCAAGUUAA